GAGUAUUUGGGGGCGGCUCGGAGCAGGUGGCGCUCAGUGUCGCCCUGGGAAGCGGCCAGCUCGGGAGCUGCCGGCCCCUCGCCCUGCACCGCGCCGGACAUGGGCUCUGCGCUGCCCGCCCUGCUGCUCGCUCUGGGCAUUCUUCAUAAUUGCUGUGAAGCCUACAAUGUUGGGCUCCUGGAAGCAAAAAUAUUUUCUGGUCCACCAAGAGAGCAGUUUGGGUAUGCAGUUCAACAGUUUAUAAAUGAACAAGGCAAAUGGUUGUUGGUUGGUUCACCCUGGAGUGGCUAUCCUGCCAACAGAACUGGAGAUAUAUAUGCAUGUCCUGUUGGUGUGUCCAAAAACACAUGUAAAAAAUUGAAUUUACAAGCUUUAAUAAAUAUUCCAAAUGUGACUGAAAUCAAAGAGGACAUGAACCUUGGCUUGACUCUGAUACAGAAUUCAAAAACUGGAGGAUUUUUGACUUGUGGUCCCUUGUGGGCGCAGCAGUGUGGAAGACAAUACUACGCAACAGGAGUUUGUUCUGAAGUCAGUCCAAGUUUUGAGAUCCUAAGAAGCUUUUCUCCUGCUGUUCAAAAAUGUUCCUCUGUUAUAGAUGUUGUGGUGGUUUGUGAUGAGUCAAACAGUAUUUAUCCCUGGGAUGCAGUGCGGGCAUUUUUGAAAAAAUUUGUACAAGGCUUAGACAUAGGCCUUAACAAGACCCAGGUGGGUUUAAUUCAGUACGCUAACGAUCCCCGCGUAGUCUUCAAUUUGAAUACGUACCAAACGAAGGAUGAGGUUGUUGCAGCAAUGGAGAAAACGUCUCAGAAGGGAGGAGAUCUCACUAACACUUUCAAAGCCAUUGACAAUGCAAGGCAGUUUGCCUUCUCAGCUGAAUCGGGAGGACGCCCCACAGCCACAAAAGUCAUGGUGGUUGUGACAGAUGGUGAAUCACAUGAUGGCUCCAACUUGAAAACAGUGAUAGGCAAAUGCAAUGAAGACAAUAUAACCAGAUUUGGCAUUGCUGUUUUGGGAUACUUACUAAGGAAUGAACUCGAUACUAAAAACCUAAUUAAAGAAAUCAAGGGAAUUGCUAGUCACCCAACAGAAAAGUAUUUCUUCAAUGUGUCAUCCGAGGCUGCACUACUGGAAGAAGCAGGAACGCUUGGAGAGCGUAUUUUUAGUAUAGAAGGUACUGAUCAAGGUGAUACUUUCCAAAUGGAAAUGUCACAGGUGGGCUUCAGUGCAUAUUACUCGCAAAAAAAGGAUGUUCUGCUGCUGGGUGCAGUUGGGGCCUAUGACUGGAGUGGAACAAUAGUUCAGGAGUCUUCAGACAGAGCCACCACCUUUCCCAGCCAUGUGUUUGAGAAGAUUCUACAGGACAGAAAUCAUAGUUCAUAUCUAGGUUAUUCUGUUGCUGUUCUCUCAACUAUGAGCUCUGUCUAUUUUGUUGCUGGUGCACCAAGAUCCAACUACACUGGCAGAGUGGUGGUUUAUGAUGUUGACAGUGAUGGUAAUAUUGCAAUUGUGCAGUCACAGAGAGGCGAGCAGAUUGGCUCCUACUUUGGCAGUGUGGUGUGUUCAGUAGAUGUCAACAGGGAUUCUGUGACAGAUGUGCUGCUUGUGGGUGCACCAAUGUAUAUGAAUGACCUGAAGAAGGAAGAAGGGAGAGUAUACAUGUUUUCCAUCACAAAGAGAAUCUUGGAUCAACAAGAACUCUUGGAAGGUCCACAGGGGUCAGAAAAUGCACGCUUUGGAUCAGCAAUUGCAGCACUUGCAGACAUUGACUUGGAUGGCUUUAAUGAUGUUGUAAUAGGUGCACCAUUGGAAAACCAAAACUCUGGAGCAAUUUACAUUUAUAAUGGAUUUCAAAAGACUAUACGUACCAAAUAUUCUCAGAAAAUCUUAGGAUCGGAUUCUGCUUUUGGACAAAAGCUCCAAUUCUUUGGAAGAUCAGUAGAUGGCCAUAGAGACUUAGAUGACGAUGGCAUUACUGACGUAUCAGUUGGUGCUGAUGGAAAUGUGGUUGUGCUAUGGUCAAGAGGCAUUGCAAAUGUGUCCAUAAAUGCUUCAUUUAAACCUGAGAAAAUCAGUCUGCUGAACAAGAAUACGGAUAUAACUGUCAAAAUAUGUUUUCAGGCUACAUUUAGACCUGCUAAGAAAAAUAAUCAUGUGGCUAUAAAGUACAAUGCAACAUUGGAUGCAGAUCUCCAGUCCUCCAGAGUGACUUCUAGAGGAUUUUUCAAAGAAAAUAAUGAAAGGUACAUGCAGAGGGAUCUUGUGGUGCAUCGUGAAGAGAAUUGUGUUCAUGAUGUCUUCAGUGUACAAGAGCCUUCAGAUGCAGUGAAUUCACUUGGUCUGCGCAUUGACAUUGGCCUUGCAAAUCCUGGCUCCAGCCCUGUCCUGGACAUAUCUUCUCCAGCAUCUGUGGCGUACAGUAUUCCUUUUAUUAAAGACUGUGGUGAAGAUGAACUUUGUAUCUGUGAUCUUGUUCUGAAUGUUCAGCAGAAGGCAGAGGACAGCAAACAACAGUUUAUUGUCAGCAGCAAAAACAGAAGACUAACGUUCAAUGUGAAAUUGAGAAAUAAAAAGGAAAAUGCAUAUAACACCAGAAUCCAGGCUAAUUUUUCAGACAACUUGUUUUUUGCUUCAUCUUCUUUACCGAGUGAUGGGACUGAAGUCUCAUGUCAAACAGGAGCAGCACAAAGUACAGUCAUUUGCCAAAUAAGCUAUCCUGUUUUCAGAACAGGACAACAGGUAUCCUUUGAUAUUAGCUUUGAUUUUAACCUUAAAAAUCUUCAGAAUGUGGCAGCUCUAAGUUUUCACGCACUGAGUGAAAGUGAGGAACAGCAAGACUCGGACAACCAGGUCACCUUAUCAAUUCCUUUGCGAUAUGAUGCAGAAAUUCACUUCACAAGGCUUGCCAACAUCAACUUUUAUGAAGUAUACUCUGGUCAUAACAUUCCUUCCACUGUGAAUAAUUUUGAAGGUAUUGGCCCCACGUUCAACUUCUCACUUAAGAUAACAACAGGAAGUAUUCCAGUAAAGAUGGCAUCUGUAACAAUCAAUCUUCCAGACCUGACCAGCAAAGGCAACCCAUUAAUGUACCUAACUGCAGUCACCACAGAUGAGGCCAGAGGUGUUACUUGUGAUGCCCAGAUAAAUCCACUGCAAAUAGGGAAAAGACCUUAUUCUCCAUCCUUCACAAAAGAGAAUUUCAGAGCUUCCAAAGAACUGAACUGUAAGAAUGUGAAGUGCAGUACCAUCACAUGCAAACUGGAAGACAUUGCACUGAAGGGAGAGUACUUUGUGAAUGUGUCCACCCAAAUCUGGAACGGAACCUUUGCUGCCUUAAUUUUCCAGACGUUACAACUCUCUGCAGAAGCAAAAAUUGAUACAUAUAACCCUGAGUUAUUUAUAAUUGGAGAGAAUACUCUAACUAUCCCAGUUACAAUAAUGAAGCCAGAUGAGAAAGCUGAGGUACCAGUAGGUGUUGUGAUUGGCAGCAUAUUGGCUGGACUCCUCUUGCUGUUGGUACUGGUUGCUGUUUUGUGGAAACUUGGCUUCUUCAAGAGACAGUAUGAGAAAAUGACACAGGAUAUAGAAGAUGUCGAUGAAAUUGCAGAACUCACAAAGGACAAAGACUGAAGAUGAGUUCCGUGGAUAAAGAGAGAUCUGAGCCACCAAUAGUAGUUGAUCAGUCAGUUCUUCAGCUGGAGUGCCUUAAAGCUUAGUAACAUUUAAACAUUUUUAAUGAAAGUGUCUUUAUAGAUGAAAAUAUUUUACAGAUACUACUCUAUUAUAAGAGUAACUGCAGGACAGUUUGGUUUUUUCAAAAAUGAUUUUUAGUGCCUUUUCUUGUAAAUUUUUGCCUUUCAAACAAACUUAACCCUUAGAACUGGCAGGUCCGGAGUAUACAGAAACAUACUGUUCCAGCAACCCUUCUCUUGAUCUACUGCAGAGUGAAACAGAAGAAUUUAUUCCAGAUUAUUGUGGAACAGCAUCAGUUGGUAAUUCAGUUGACAAGUACCACAUGUGUUAAAGGACAUUUUCUAUUAAGUUGAUGAUGAAUGUGUGGUGAAUACUGCUUCCAGACUGGGAGAAGAAAAGCAAUUUUUUCAUUGACCAGCUCCAUUCUUACUGUUUUAGAAAAAUAAUUUCCACCAGCAAACCUUUGCUUUAACUAAUCUAUAAACUAGGAACUAUGUAUGAAGAUGUCUGUCUGGGUGCUACAGGACGACUGGUUGGGCAAAGUCUUCCAAAAGUUCACUGUAUUUCUUGCACUAAGGUCACAACUAAAUUACUGAAGGAUAUUGUUUUGGCGAAACACUGCCAAAUGGUAUGUAUAACUGUCUUCUGCAUACUUUCUCCCUGAGAAGAAAAUACGAAUUUCAUAAUCACUUACAGCACGUUCUCUGCAAUGUUACUACUCAUUUUCAUCUUGAGAAGCACUACCACUACUGUUACGCUGACCUUUACACUCACGGUCCCUCUGAUACCAGUUUGGCUUUUUACAUAAACAGAAAAGACAGUCAAGAUCUUGCCUUAAUUCUGUACUGAAAGAUUUUGCAGGACUAAGAGCAUAGAGUGAACUAAAGGGGAUAGCUGACUGAGGAAUUAUGCACGUUACAAAAGGGGAUAGUAAAGAUCUAAGCUCUGUAAAAUGUUUACUGCACUUCUUUAGCAUCUCAGUGCCCUCCAGAAGACCAAAGUUCAGUACAACCUCCUUACCCGUCACGGUUUUUUGGUCCCACCUAUUCAUGUCUUGAUGAAGUUAACUUAUGUUUUAUACAGUGAAGUACUGUAGUGCUCUGGAAUGAGCUCUAAGCACAACACUUGGGUGACUUUGUGUUGGUUACACACCUCAAGUUCAUCACAUGCUGUUAUGCUGCCUGGCUAUCAUGAAAAUCAGUCUUAUAAAGGCCCACACUGUAAGACUGGCAACAGUCAAGGGAAUUUUGGCUGCCUUUCUCUGUCAUGCCUGGCAGUUACACUUACAAUUGAUUGUGAGAGAAGAUGUGUGUGUUUUUUGUCUGUAUGCUGCCAUGCAAGUGAGAUUGUUUCCAACUUGAGGUGAUUUACUUGAAGAGUAAAACAUGCAAAUGUGCUUGAUUAAGAACACGAAGUCAUGGUUUCUUCCCCCCAAAGAUGGAUUGUAAUUAUGCUUAGGCAUUUUUCCAUUAUUUUCUGAAGGACUAGACUUAAGCACGUUUGAAAGUUUUACUUGGUCUUUUUUAAUAGCUAAUCAGUCAAAAGCCAACCAUCUCUUUGGCAAAUAACAGCUUCAUUUUCAGCAACAGCUGGAUUAUGCUCAGUGUAGCUUUAUAUGGGUUUUGAAUUUAUUUUGUAUCUAUAAAAUGUUAUGUUUUGGGACAUUUUGUUGGGGUUUUUUUAACAUUCUGAAAAACAAUUCCAAUUCUUACAUCAAUUAUCAAACAAGAUUCUUGCCAUCAGCUGAGUCUGUGACAAAAAAAAAUAUUUAAAAAGUGGGGAAAAAAAUAGCAAUUGCAUAAAUCUAAAGAAUAAGCUCCUGACUUGUAAUUAUAAAGUUUGAGUGCAAAUGCUCUGAGAGUAAAAAUAAAAAAUUUGUCUGCCUCAA